CAGGAUACAGUACAGAUUUUUACGGUAAGGGAAGAGGGGAGGGGGUGAAGAAGGGAGGGAAGGAGAGCAGGAGAUGGGGGAAGACAUCACUGCCUCGCAACCACCAUCGCCAAAGGAAACACUGUAAUCUCAAGGAACAUCAACGAAUUCCUCAGGAAUCACCACGAAGGCAACCACCAUACAUUUCAGCGUCGUUAAUUCGGUUUAUCCGACAUUGUUUCUUUGUAAAAAACCCGUGCAAUCGCAUGCGGCACUAUCCAGCCUGUCCUAGAUUUCGACUCUUAUUUAUUUUUUAUAUUUGCAGCGCGUUUUAUGCCUAACGCAAGCGACUGGAUGUUUUUUUUCCUAUUUAGACACUAAAUAGCUCCGUGGUUGUUGUGCACUGGAAAAGCUUUAGGGCGGAGAGAGACGGAUGCGGACGGACAUCGUGAUCCCUGAUAAUACAGAAGAGAAGAGAUGCUCCACGAGGAUUAUUUUAAACCUCCGUGUUGACCUCUCAUCCCAACCCGAGGAACAGGAACAGACACGAUUGUGCUUCAGAGAUUCCCAGAAGCUAAAUAAUCAGAAAUAAAUGCUGCCCGUUACAAUUUAAAGCACCGGAGAGAGGUUAUAAAUAGCAGAGCGAAGAGGAAAUGGAGCGUAUUCUUCGUGCCUGGAUGAGGAAUGUUGCCAUUCAUUUACAGUGACUGACAUCUCAUGUGUCUCGUGAGAGUUAUUUUAAGGUUUACCCGCUGUAAUAACAAUUGACGGUGAUUCUGUGUACAAUAUGGGGAGCGACAGUGAAAUACUGAACCGGGAGCUGUCAAAGAUGUCCGAUGAAGACUUGCUGGCUUGUUCUAAGGAAGAGCUGGUGAGUCGACUCCGCAGAGAAGAAUCGGAAAAGAUGUCGGCUCUCAUACAGCGCGGUCGAUUAAUCAAGGAGGUCAAUAAACAACUGCAGGGGCAUCUGCUUGAAAUCAGGGAACUCAAAGUCAUCAACCAGAGGCUGCAAGAGGAGAACCAGGAACUUCGGGAUUUGUGCUGCUUUCUGGACGACGACCGUCUGAAAGUGAAGAAGCUCGCCCGUGAGUGGCAACUAUUCGGUCAUCACGCUGCUAAAGUGAUGCGCGAGGACCUCGGCGGAUACCUCAAGAAGCUCGCUGACCUCGAGCGGAUGCAAGACGGUCUGGUGAAGGAGAACCUGGAUCUGAAGGAACUUUGUUUGGUGCUGGAGGAAGAGUGCGUGAGCAGAAGUGAUUCCAGCCCUGGUGGCUCCACGGAUCUCAACAUACCGUGUAUGGUGGCCCGGGACGUGGGUGAUGGGAGCUCCAGCACCGGGAGUGUUGGCAGUCCAGACCAGAUGCACUUGGUGUGUUCACCAGAUGACUGAAGGAGAGGAGCAGAGCCAUAUUACUUUACCCUUCUCUCUUGAUGCUGAGACAGACUUUUUAUGUCUAAUAAAGUAGUUUACAUUUUCUGACAAUGACAUCUCAGCUAUUUCGGUGGAAAUAGACCAAGACUUCUAAAGCCGGCUAGUUUACUCAUGGCCUUUUGACGCCAUAAAUACAGUUUCUCUAUAUUUCAGUGAUUAAUAUUUUAUAGUUGGCAGACCUUUAACACUUGAGUGAAAUUAUUGGGUGCCAGGCAAAACAGAAUUAUUUUUAAGCUUUAAGGUGACAGCCUUUCCUUUCAGUAUCACUCAUCCUGCUAAACCAUCUUAAAAGGAUGGUUAACACAGAAAUUAAAGUUUUUUGUCUUAUUAACUCCCCCUGUUGUCGUUCCAAACCUGUAUGACAUUCUGUUGUGGAACACAAAAGAAGGUGUGUUGAA